AUGGACUAUGCCUCUCUACCUGGCCUUGGCGACGAUGAGUAUCCGGGAUUUCCUGCUGAGGAGUGCCCCGCUCAGUGCCCGGACCUUUCGGCGCACAACUCGAUCGUGGCGGAAGUGCUCCGACAGAACCCUACGAUGUACGCUGAGCUCAAGGGCAAGAAGACGACUGCUGGCGUUACGCUUGCGAAGUGCAUCAAGACAGGUAUGGAUAAUAAAGGGCAUCCCAUGAUCAAGACCGUGGGCAUGGUUGCUGGUGACGAGGAGUCCUACGACAUGUUCAAAGCAAUGUUCGACCCAGUCAUUGAGGAGCGUCACGCUGGUUUUAAGCCUGAUGCUAGACAUCCGACAGAUCUUGAGUGCUCCAAACUCAGCCUAGUACCUAUAGAUCCGACUGGUAAGUACGUGAUCUCGACUCGAGUGCGUACUGGCCGCUCUAUCCGUGGAUUUCGCCUGCCCCCAAGCUGCUCAAGAGAGGAGCGCCGUGAGGUGGAGCGCGUGGUCGUCCAGGCGCUGAAGUCUCUGAGUGGAGAACUUUCUGGUGAUUACUACCCUCUGUGUGGCUCUCAAUCAUAUGCUGAGAAGGCUGGUGGCAUGACCCAGGAGCAGGAAAAUCAAAUGCGGAAGGAUCACUUCCUCUUCCAGGAGCCAGACUCGACUCUGCUGCUUUCCUCCGGUAUGGGCAGACAUUGGCCCGAUGCUCGUGGCAUCUUCAUUAACGAAAAGAAGAACUUCAUGGUCUGGCUGAACGAGGAAGACCACAUUCGAAUUAUCUCAAUGCAGAUGGGCGCUGACAUGAAGGAGGUCUUUGCUCGGUUUUGUACCGCUGUGAAAGCAGUUCAAGAGGUUGUCAAGAAAGAGGGGCGGGACUUUAUGUACAACGAGCAUCUUGGCUAUGUGCUGACCUGCCCUUCGAACCUCGGCACAGGCCUGCGUGCUUCUGUAUUGGUGAAGCUGCCACAUUUGUCAGCUCGCUCUGAUUUCAAGGAGAUUUGCAGGAAGAUGAAGCUGCAGGUUCGCGGCGGUGCUGGUGUCGACUCGGCCUCUUCCGGAGGUGUGUACGAUGUCUCUAACCUGUACCGACUGGGUAUCUCAGAGGUAGAGCUGGUGAAUGUCGUGAUCGAAGGUUGCGCCAAGCUUGUGAAGAUGGAGCAGUCUCUCGAGAAGGGUGAGUCGAUGGAUAUGCUCCCCUGA